UUGUUAUUUUGCGCAUAUUUGUACGCAACGCGAAUUUAUUGGUGUUUGUAACCUAAUUUAAUUUUUUAAUAACUAGUCCGGCAACAAUAAACAAUAAUUUGUUAACAAAAGUAUUGAAAUUGACCAAAGUUCGUUUCUUUUUGGAAAUGGCAGAAAGAUACGAAUCUAGUGAAAGAAAUUACGACUGUUAUUCAAGUGAUUUCAAACGUGACAAAAAUAACGAGAAUGAAGAAGACGAUGGCAACGAUCACAGGAGAAGCAUAGAACAUGAUAAUCCUAAUGAAGCUAAUCCAGCUAGUCAAAAAGCCGCCGAAUAUGUACGCGAUCUCCUUGCUGAAAAACUAUCCCUUGAUCAGGGUAAACACCGUAAUGCUUCGAGGCUAAUUGAUGAAGAGAUUACGAAAGUUCAGACAUUGGGAAGAAUUCCUGCAAGAGAUGUAAGAUAUGUGGACAUUUAUAGAGAAAAGCCAAUUAAAGUUACAGUUAAAGUUCUUGUUCCCAUUAGGGAACACCCAAGGUUCAACUUUGUUGGAAAACUUUUGGGACCUAAAGGAAACUCAAUGAAACGUUUACAAGAAGAAACCAUGUGUAAAAUGGCCAUUUUGGGUCGUGGCUCUAUGAGAGAUCGUCAGAAAGAAGAGGAAUUAAGACAAUCACUUGAACCAAAGUAUGCCCAUUUGAAUGACGAACUCCAUGUUGAAAUAUCUGCUCUAGGACCACCUGCUGAAGCCCACGCUCGAAUUGCUUUUGCACUUGCAGAAGUACGUAAAUAUUUAAUUCCUGAUAGCAAUGAUAAUAUCAGACAAGAACAGCUAAGAGAGUUAGAAAUUAUGACUGCCACUGAUCCCAAUGCUGAAUGUCCCUUUCCGACCAAAAGAUCUACAGUACCCAGAGGUAUGAUACCUCAUGAGCGCAUGAAAGACAUAGAUGACCCAACUAAGGAGAGCCCCCUGCCCCCUAAACGACCUGCUUUAUCACGAGCACCACGGGGGCCUCCAAUAAUGAGAAGUGUUUCCCGACCCACUAUAAGCAGUAGAACAGUCAUGCCAGCUAAAACUAAAAUAAUGUCUAUCUUAGAUAGAGCUCGAGUUGCCAUGGAAGAAAGUUACGGAGGGGUUGAAGAACCCUACGAGCCUGUCGAACCGGCCUACGUGUCUUACCCCGCGAUCGCAACCCAUGCCAAAUCAUAUUCAACAUAUUCAUAUGGACAGGCUGAGUAUGAAUCAGAAUAUUAUACAAGAGAGCCUGAAUAUGGUACUGAUUCAUUGAAGCAAAGCAAUUCAUUUGGAGAAGCAGAGAAAAAUAUUCUUAAUAUUUUAAAUAAUGCAAGAAGAUUCUAAAACGUUUAAUGUGUUCCUUUACAUCGUUAAAAAUCAAAUCUUUUUUUAAAUAAACGUUUUCUAAUUACUGUUCAAUAUGUACUACUUAAUUUACCAGUAACUUUAAUAAACUUUAAUGAGACUUCUUAAAAAAAAUAAGUUACCGUUACUAUCUUUUGAAAUUAAGCUAUAAAAUAUGCAUAAUUAAGUUUCUAAUAACUCUCAUAUUAAUGAAAAUAUCUUUAAAUAACUUUAAUAAUAAAGCAACUAUUCUUUAAUAACUGGCAUAAACCUUCCAAGAAUUGAAUAAUGAUUAAUUAAAUAGAAAUGAUUAUUCGGAUAUAUGUGGUUGCAUUUUUAUGUAUCAUUGUCUUAAUAAUUUUUUAUUU